AUGGACUGGAAGCGGAGCCUGCGGGGCCGCUUGGCCGCCCGCCGUGCCCCCAAAAAGAGCGAACAAGAGCUAAAAGAUGAAGAAAUGGAAUUGUUCACAAAAUACUACAUGGAAUGGAAAGGAGGAAGAAAAAGUGGCAAUACGUCAUAUACGAACAUACCACGAUUUUACUACAGGCUGCCAGCUGAAGAUGAAGUCUUGCUUCAGAAAUUAAGAGAAGAAUCUAGAGCAGUCUUUCUGCAAAGAAAAAGUAGAGAGCUGUUGGAUAAUGAAGAGCUGCAGAAUCUAUGGUUUCUACUGGACAAACAUCAGACAUCACCAAUGAUUGGGGAAGAAGCAAUGAUCAACUAUGAGAACUUCCUGAAAGUUGGUGAAAAAGCUGGACCUAAAUGCAAGCAGUUCUUCACAGCUAAGAUCUUUGCUAAAUUACUCCAUAAUGAUCCUUAUGGGAGGAUAUCUAUCAUGCAGUUUUUCAAUUACGUUAUGCGAAAAGUAUGGCUUCAUCAGACAAGAAUAGGUCUCAGUUUAUAUGAUGUGGCAGGACAGGGCUACCUCAGAGAAUCAGAUUUGGAAAACUAUAUUUUGGAACUUAUCCCUACUUUGCCACAACUGGAUGGUUUAGAAAAAUCUUUUUACUCCUUCUAUGUCUGCACAGCAGUUAGAAAGUUCUUCUUUUUUCUGGAUCCUCUCAGAACAGGGAAGAUAAAGAUACAGGAUAUUUUAGCUUGCAGCUUCCUGGAUGACUUACUGGAGUUAAGGGAUGAAGAACUUUCUAAAGAAAGUCAGGAAACAAAUUGGUUUUCUGCUCCUUCUGCAUUAAGAGUUUAUGGCCAGUACUUAAACCUUGAUAAAGAUCACAAUGGCAUGCUUAGCAAAGAAGAACUGUCCCGGUAUGGAACAGGGACUCUGACCAACAUAUUUUUGGAUCGUGUCUUUCAGGAAUGCUUAACUUAUGAUGGUGAAAUGGACUAUAAAACCUACCUGGACUUUGUGCUUGCAUUAGAGAACAGAAAGGAGCCUGCAGCUCUGCAAUAUAUUUUCAAACUGCUUGAUAUAGAGAACAAAGGAUACCUGAAUGUCUUUUCCCUUAAUUAUUUCUUUAGGGCUAUUCAGGAACAAAUGAAAAUCCAUGGACAAGAACCAGUUUCUUUUCAGGAUGUCAAGGAUGAAAUCUUUGAUAUGGUGAAGCCUAAGGAUCCUUACAAAAUCUCCCUUCAAGACUUAAUCAAUAGCAGUCAAGGAGACACUGUUACCAGCAUUCUAAUUGAUCUGAAUGGGUUCUGGACAUACGAGAACAGAGAGGUCCUUGUGGCAAGUGAUAAUGACAACACUGCUGAUGUUGAUGAUACAUGACUUUGAACAGGAGCAGACUGUAUCCAUAGAUAGAUACAUCUCAAUCUGAUGCACCAACUGUUGGAAGCUGGAGACAUUCAUUAUCUGAAUCAAUGCCUCUUCCAUUUUACUUCCCGCCCCUUCCCCCCUGCCCCCCGCCACCCAAUGUAAAAUGUGGUACAUAAGGAAUCGCAGAACUAAUUUCUGAAACCAAAAAAGCAAGUGUUGUUUAAGAGGUAAAAAUUAUCUCUUUUUUUAAUAAAUAUUUUUGAACCUUUUCCCUGUG